AUGUUACACCCAGUGGCGCAGUUGUUCACCGCCUGCGGGGACGAAGCUAAUAAUGGAAAUGACAGUUUGCCAGGAGAGGGCGUGAAGUAUCAAACUCUCCUCGACCUCCUCAAGAACGCAAGAGACAAAGAUGAAGAGUCCAGAAGGAAAGAGGGACUCGUCUCUUCUGCAAAUCAACUCUUCUCAAGCCGUCCCGAGGACCACAUUGUAAACGACUUAAGGGAGUUGCCAUGUAAGAAAAUUGAGGUCAGCAAGAAAAAAAACCAUCCCGAUAUCCUUGCGUAUAUUGAGGACUCUCUGAAGAGCAUGCCACGCUUCCGACAGCUGAACGCAGGUCCCAGGAUCGCUAGGAAGUCCGAUGGGAUGAUCAAAUGCAAGCCAUCUCCAAUUGCGUCUUCAAGCCCUCUCACUCAUCACUCGGUAGAUGCGAACAUGGUCAUCGAAAAUCUAAAGCAGUCAAAGGCUGCAACAUUGGAAGUUGCUCUGGUGGCAGACGACAUAGAGCGUUGCUAUGAGGACUUGGGCACCGAUGAAGACGACGAUAAAAUUGAGGAGAAGGAAAAAUCUGACAACAGCUCAGCAGUCAUCGGAGUAUCAACAGGUAUGGAGCCCCAGGAAGAGGAUAUCGACUACAAGGAUCGAGAAUCGGUAAAAAGGCUCAAAACGGUAUGCCGAGAUUUUUUGAAGUUUUCUUCGGCAGUCGUCGACAUCCAACACAGAUCUGUCCGAGACUUCAUCAGCAGUGAGGAGAAAUCGCUGGCUCAGGAUCCCAGGAUUUGCCCAGAUUGCGCAGAGCGUAUGAAUCAAGUCUCAACCUACCAGGCUUCCCCAAAACAUGGGCAUCUCAUCGUGGCGAAAAACUUUUUUCGAAAGCUCAUGUCCCGAUCGUUCCAAGACAAUAGUUUGACAAGUGAAAGUGUUGCAUUGCAACACGGACCUGACAUUGGCAUUGAAAAUCUAGCCCCAAAAGGAACUGUGAGCCUGGGCACAGAAACGACAGAGCUAGCCACACACAUUGCGGCGGAAGCCGAAAAGGACAAUCCUACAUCGGACCUGCCGGACUUCGAUUCUGACGAGGAAGAACCGCCCAGAUAUGAGCUUGCACAAUGGCCAAGGCACUUGCGAGCUGCAGAGGAAGCCUGGCCUCCAGCUGAACGCGAUACCGACCUGCAAGAACGUUGGGAAAAGCUUUACACCAUCAUCGAGAUAAUUCUGUCCCCUGGAUCACGUGUUUACAGAGAUUGGUCGAGGAGGUUAUCCUUGUGGCGGAGCCAACCCUUUGGACCCGCUUCACGUUGCAGCUAG